AAGAUUUUUAUCUUCUCAUUUUGAUGCUUAUUGCUUUCUUAAGGAUAUUCCAGAAGAAGCAGAUAAUACAAAUCACUUGAGAAAAAGACUUUUUUAUGAGUUAUUAGGGGAUGAAAAUCUUCUACACAUGGACACUCCGGUUCUAGGAUCAAGAUCUAUUAAAGAUAGACUCCGCUGUAAAAAGGUUUUUAUCGUUUUAGAUAAUUUGAAUGGGAGAAGUUCCAAAUUAAAUGAUUUAUUUGAAAGAUAUCAAUUUGCUAAUGGAAGUAGAAUCAUUGUCACAAGUACAGAUAAGCAACUGCUUAUGACAAAGAAUUGUCAAAUUUACCAGUUGAAUGGUUUAGAUCACCAUGAUGCUCUUCAGCUCUUAUGUUUCCAUGCUUUUGGACCAAAUUCAGUUGCAACAUGUUAUGAGGCUUUAUUAGAAAGUGUUGCACAUUAUGCAAAGGGCAAUCCAUUAGUUCUUGAAGUCUUAGGUUCUUCCCUUAAGUACAAAAGCGUAGAAGAAUGGAAAAGUGCAUUGGAUAAGCUGAAAACAGAUCCAGAUCCUGAAAUUAAAAAAGUGUUGAGAAUAAGUUAUGAUGGAUUAGGCGAUAAAAGCAUCCAGGGUAUUUUUCUUGACAUUGCAUGCUUCUUUAUCAAUCAAGUACCUAGGGAAGAAGUAGAAAGCAUAUUAAACCACGCUAAUGCAACAAUAGAAAUAAGGGUUCUCAUUGAUAAAUCCUUAAUAAUUGAAAGUAAAGAAAGACUGGGAAUACAUGAUUCACUACGGCAAAUGGCUCGGGCAAUUGUUCGUGAUGAAAGCAGAGAUUGUGGCAAUCGUAGUAGGCUAUGGAAUAAUAAGGAUUCCUGCCAUGUAUUGGAAAGAAAUACAGGAACCUCUGCAAUUGAAGGCAUAUUAUUGGAUCUGUCUAAACUCAGAAAAGAUGUAAAAGUGACCCGUACGGCAUUUUCAAAGAUGUUCAAUCUACGACUUCUUAAAUUGCAUUCGGAUAAAAGAUUUCCCCCUUAUAAUUGCUCCAGAUACCCCAGUGGAGAAUGCAAUUUCAGAGUCAGUCUUCCUGAUGGGGUUGAGCCUUUUGUUUCGAAUGACCUAAAAUAUUUUUAGUGGGAUACAUACCCUUUGAAAUAUUUGCCAUAUUUUAAUCCCGAGAAUCUUGUUCAACUUAUUAUGCGUGAGAGCCAACUUGAACUUCUUUGGAAUGAAGACCAGCGACAGCCACUUGAGCUGGUGAAGUUAAAGAAGAUCGAUCUUAGUUAUUCUGAGCACCUUAUGCAAAUACCAAAUUUGUCUCGGGCUAUAAAUCUUGAAGUUUUGAAUUUUCAAGGUUGCAGCAGUUUGGUUCAACUUCCUUCACUUUUUCAGAAUCUUGGCAAGCUUCAGUUUCUACAUUUGCAGGAUUGCUACAAUCUUGAAGAUGGCUUAGAAAAUCUUCCAAUCAGUGUAAGAAAAUUGUACCUGAGUAGGACAGCAAUUAAAAGUUUGCCGGAGAGCAUUUGGAAGUUGAAAUAUCUAGAACGGUUGGAUCUUUCUUUUUGCCGAAACUUGAGAAAGAUUCUAGAAAUCUCGGGCCAUAUGGAAUUGUUGGUUGAAAUUAAGUUAUAUGGAACAGAGAUUGAAGAGUUGCCGAAGUCAAUUGACAAUCUAACCCGUCUCAAAACUCUAUGUGUUUGGUGGUCGCAUGGAUAUGAUAGUGGGUGCAAUAAGAUGAGUAAGUUUCUUCCAAACAGCCUAUGUAAAUUAUUGCAUCUUCAAUAUUUGUACCUUGGGAAAUGUUCAUCACUUGAAGAAUUGCCUCCCCUUCCACAU